AUGGUUUUGUCAGAUACCCGAAUAGCAGAUGAUCACACUUACUGGCCUUCUCUUAACCUCACCUCUCGUGCUGUCGCCUCGUCUGUGACACGAGCUGGUGAUGUUGCAGUCCUGAGCCGGCGACCAGAUCUAUCUUUUCACAACCUAUUAGCUCACCCCUCCGGACACGAGCAAGUCUCCGACCAUGGUUUUGCCAUCCGUGCACUUUUCAAGCUUAAGUCGCAGUUGAAGCUGGGUCCGGGUGUUUGGCGUCUUCACCCUUUUCUGUUGGGGAGACCAGGGGCUAAAAAGAAAAUCGAGGAAGUGGAGCGAUUGAUCACACAGAAUGGAGGGGGGUUUGCGUCUCUCAUCUCGCGCCUGAGCAACAGUCUGCGAUCAUAUGCAAAAGAGGAAAGCAAGAGAAUAAGGGCGACCAUCAACCAUCUCACUACAACGGUGGCUGCAUUGCGUCAGGAGGUCAUGCAGAACCCCAAAGAUCAAGUCAUGAAGGAACGGUUGGGGAGACGGGAGCAGCAACUUAAGGAAUACUUCGCAUGUCGGCAGGAGAGAAUGCAUACAAUGGCUGGGAUGGAGCUUGCAUUGUCAGGGGAAGUCCCCUCGCCACAUCUGUCAGCACGCAUAAAGACACGGAAGGUCAAAACGCAGAUAGCGGAGAUAUCGGUACCAGGAGGGGUGGUGACGGAACCAAAGGGGAUUCUGGAAGCAGCUGCAGGGUACUUCCGUAGCCUCUUCGGGGAGGACAAGCGGACAAUGUCUUCAGACUGGUGUCCAGCGGCUGGGAAGAAGCUGCUGUAUUCGGAUGUGGAAAAUCUACAGGCGGAUUGGUCAGAAAAGGAAGUCAGGCAAGCGCUGAAGGAGAUGGCAAGUAACAAGAUGCCUGGGAAAGAUGGGUUACCGAAGGAGGUGUUUGAGCUGCAUUGGGACACGCUAGGGAAGCAUGUCAUGGGGCUGGCUCAAGACUUCGCUCUCACCUCUAUACUCCCGACCAGUGUGAAGGAUGCGGUGACGAUACUCCUGCACAAGAAAGGAGCAAAGGACCAGUUGGAUAACUAUCGUCCUAUCACGCUCCUGAACAUCAGCUACAAAGUGUUGGCGCUAGUCCUGGCGAGCAGAAUUAAAAAAUUUCUUCACAGAGUGAUCUCAUCGGAGCAGUUCGGUUAUAUUCCGGGGCGACGAAUGUCAGAUGCAGUGGGGCUGGUCGCUGAUAUCAUUGAUGCGGCCAAGAAUGGGAGAGAAGACUGGUAUAUGCUGUUGGUUGACUUCAAGAAGGCGUUUGACUCGGUGUCCCGCGACUUCAUUUUUGACGUGAUGGGGAAAAUGGGUUUCCCGGCUCGGUUCGUCGGUUGGGUAAGAGGCCUGCACACAAACACACGGACGAACCUCUUGAUCAACGGCUGGAUGGGAGAUGCAGUGGAGGUGGUUUCAGGAGUAAGGCAGGGUUGCCCCUUAGCACCCUACCUCUUCCUCUGUGCGGUGGAGCCUCUGGCGCAGAAAGUGAUAAAGCGGAAGAUUGGAAUCUUGCUCACCAGCUGCGUCGGUUAG